CAUUCGUUUCCGUGUAAACAUGCGACGAGAUUUGUUUCCUUGGUGUUUAGCGUGAAGCUUGUUAACGGAUUAUUUAAAACUUUACUGGUGUGGACCAGCUCGUCCGGGAAUAUAAUAAUUUUAGUUAUCCUAAAUAACGCUUUGCAUGUUAUUAGUUUUGAAGGACUGGGGAUUUUACGAUAGCUGUUGCAGAAACGAAGCCGCUGAGUUUAACGGUGAAGAGUUUGAAUGAGAUGGCAGACUCAGAUUUAAUCAAAGAAACGCUCUUUUCUUUGGAAGUACUGGUGGAUUAUAUAAAGACUGAUAUAUCUACGUCAGAAAGGAGAGUGUUGGUGCCUGCAGUGGCUGUUCGUUUACUAGAUUUCCCAACUUUAUUGAUCUAUCGAGGAGACAAAGAAAACCAGGAAGAGAUUUUUCAGGAGGAUUUGGAAAGUGAAAAAGAAAGCGUAAACUCAGAACUUUUGAAUCAUCCUGCUGGGGGAAAUGGCCAGUAUUUCUUUCAGAAGGGCAAAUCAUGUUUGUUUAAGAUUAGCUUUGACUCUCUCCACAGACAUUUAUCCAACACGCCUCUUUACGCAAUAGUGCUGGACUUAAAAAACGAGUUGCCAAAGUUAGUUGGGAGUUGCCUUAUUUCUCUGGCGAAACUAACAGAAAAAAUAAUGAAUGAUGUUAAAGAACAUGGCAUUUCAAUGCCUUCUUUCCACGGAGAAAAGGGGGUUUAUACAAUAAACAAUUUGAUGGGUGAAAGGGUAGGUUAUAUUUCGCUGGGAUAUAAACUUUUAAGUUUAGGAGCAAGUUUGAUUCCACAUAUACCAGAGAACAGAGUUCUGAAAGUUGGGUCAAGGCAUGUCAAGGCAAGUAUGGUUCAGAUUAAAGAAAACACAGAAAAAGGUGCUCAUAUUGGUGAAAAAAAUAUAGAGAUUAAAGAUAAACCUAAGAAUGAUAAUGAGAGGGGUGAAUGUUGUAUGCCUCUGACAAAUGAGGCAAAUGAAGGUAGUGUGCUUCUUCAGCAAAUCGAUUUGGAAGGGCAUAUGACAGAACUUAUUGUUUCUGAAAGUCAAACUGUGAUAACUUCAGUUGGGAUACAGACCGAACCAACAAGAAGGAAGCAAUACAGGAAUAUAGAAGAAAAAAUAGAGUUUGAUAAUGAAACAGGUGUCUUUUGUCCACCAGCACUGUUUUACAGAUGCUCAGACAAUGAGCCAAAUGAAUAUGAUGCUGAGCAGUAUAUAUCCAUUAAUGUGGGGAUGGAGGCUCUUAGGGUGGAGGACCUUUGCUCACAGGAGGAAGAGAAAGAAAGAGAUUCACCUGCAGAGAGGAAAGUCUUAAAAUGUUCUCAGGAUAGAUCAAAAGGUAGCACCGCAGCAGCAACGGCCUUUGAACAAACACAGCCUGCCUCUGCAGCCCUUGGGGAUGCAAUAAGACAGAUGCCUUUGCUAAAUGCCCUUCUUGUUGAACUUUCUUUGUUGAACAGUCAGCCUCAGCAGUUGCCUUUAUCUGUUCAUCCUCAUCUUGCCUGGUUGUACAGAUCUGUGGAUGAGCAUUCCCAUAGAGCUACAAAAGAUACCAGAUCAAGAUCACAAGCUGAUGAUGCAGAUACAUCACAAACACCAACAGAGCAAAGGUCGGCCAGUCCAAGACUUAAACAGCACAAGGCCCCUAUGAAGUCAACUCCAUCUGAUUUACAAACGCAAACCAAAAAAGUACAAAGAAAAAACAUAAAACAAGAAAACAAUCAAAAGAAGACGGCUUCUAGUUCUCCCAAAAGAAAACUGUUGUAUGGGAUAACAAAUACACUGCGGUUAAGACUGCAGCAAACCAAUCCAGAUAUGUUGAUAUGCCACGAGCGCAGAGAAGUGUACAGGAGAAAACAGAUUGAGUUUCAGAAAGCUAAGAACUCUAAAGGCUUUCUGUCGAAAAAUAAAAAAGUCAGAGAGUCAAACAAAGUAUACGGUGAGAUGUCUAGCAGGAGCAAUCCUUUUGAUGAAAAUGUUCAAACACUGAUGAACAGCUUGGAAUUGGACUCCCCUCGGAUAAUAAAGACAAAUCCCCCUCCGUUUAACAGUUCAGAAGCAGGUAACAGAAACAAACAAGAAAAAGGCUCCCAAGAAGAGAAUACAAGGUGUUAUGUGAAUGUUCAGCAGCCACAUGAAAGUGUUUCAGCACUAAGUUUAAGAGACAGAACAAAACCAGGACCCAGGAGUAAUGGAAGGGAUGUCAGAGUUCAUAUUCCUAGAGUAUUUAACCAGGAUUCCAACCAAAGCUACAACAAAGUAGAAAACAGUGAAACAAGCUUCCCACAUGCCAGUCUAAAUAACCUAGGAUUUCAAAGCACAAGUUUAGAUGGUGAAAAUCUUAGCCCUGCUAACAGUGGAUUCAGUAGCCCUGCCCAAAAAUAUUCAGAUGAUUUCAUAGAUAGCACAGAUGUUGCUGGUUAUUUUGAAGAUUUUACCAGCCCCAAGCCUACAAGUAGAUACUCUGCACAUUUUAAUCGCAGCCCUGAACCAGUUCUAAAAAGUCCAAGGCAUAAGUAUUCAGAUGAUGACUCCAGCACUGGUAGCAAUUCUGUUAGAAAUCAAAGAGCUACUGCACCUCUUCCAGUUCAAUCAGAUACAUCUCCAGAGCAGUCUCUCAAAAGAACCUAUCCUGUCAUGCUUCACAGAAAGCCAUCGGCAUCCAGUGUAUCUUCAGAAGCCAGUGAAAUAGAUGCCAAACAUAAACAAGAUGAAAAGAGGAAAUUGGGUUAUGUAAAAACUGGGGUCAAGGGAGCUGAGAGGAGUUUGGAGUAUAAAAAUAAGCCAAAUUCAGGAAAGGGACAUGAAGCUGUUGAAGAAAACCAUUCACUUCGAGUGUCUCAAGUGAGCUCAUAUUUAUCAACUAAUGACUCUGAUAUUGAUUUGAGCGGAUACAAGGUCAGUACACCUGACCUACGUGAGGAAGAUGAAGACAGAGAUGGACUGGGUACGCUUGAGAUGGUUAAUAAAUACCAUCACAUCUCAGAGCUGGUAGGAAAUAAACUUCCUGGAUAUACAUUAUGAAAGGCUGUAAAGCCUGGACAUAUUUCAACCCAUUCCUUUAACCCAAUGCAAAAAUAAAUAAAUAAAUAAAUAAAAGAAAGAAAGGUCUGUACUGGUUGUCAUAGUUCUGGUACCUGCAGUACUUUUUAUUUUGUCAUUGCAAGAUAAGAUAGAAUACAGUAAAUUAAACCACUAUAAAAAGCAUAAUUUUGAGUAUGUAUAAUAAUGCCUUUUUGACAUUGUCAAUAAGGGCUGGAUAUUGCACCCGAAAUAUUGCUGAAAAAUAUAAUCUAAAUAUUUCCACAAGAUGAUAAGCAAGAACAUAAAGUAAAGUUUUAGGUAUGAUUAUAUUUUCCACCUGUGUGAGAAUAUGUUUUUGAAAGAGUGCUUUUUUUUAAUGAAAAUGGGGAUAAAGUGCCACCUUGAAAUACCAAAUUAAACUUCUUGUUAAUGCAUAACGCAAUAGUCAUGCCUGAGGGCAGUUUGAUUUAAAUCAAAGGUGGGGAUCAAUGUAAAAUAUUGUAACAAACCUCACAAUUCUGCCCAUAGGUCAGACAUCGUAGGCAAGAUCAUAUAUUAUUCUAAUAAGGAUGUUCACUGCUAAAGCGGGUGGCCAGGUGUUGACAAUCUGUGCCUGUUUGCAUAAAUUCCAUACCUGAAAGUAAUAGAGAGACAACCAAUAUUAACAUUUAUGCCUAUGAUGCCUGAUUUAUGGGACACCCUGUCGAUAUGGUUUAAAUAUAUAUUAUAUAUA